AUGCAGGAGUUGGCUUUAUCUAUAGCAGAUCCUUGGAUGGUGAUAGGGGAAUUUAAUGAGAUUAUUUCUCAUCAUGAGAAGAUAGGUAAAAAGGUUACUGUUAAACUCUCUAGCAGCUUUCAAGAUUGCCUAUCAUUCUGUCAUUUGGAGGAUUUAAAGUUCUCAGAAGCUGUUUUUCUCCCAGAAGGACUCUUUGAUCAUAGUCCAGUCCUUGUUCACUUCUAUUUGGAGUUUGCACCGGAGAAGAAACCAUUUAGAUACUUUCGGAUGUGGAAAGAAGCUCCCUCUUAUGCUGCCAAGAUUCAGACCAGUUGGAAUAUUCCAGUUGUUGGUACUGAAAUGUUUCAAGUGGUUUCUAAAUUGAAAAGGUUGAAACAGGUUUUAUCGGGUAUUAAUAGAGAAGGUUUUUCUGAUAUACAACAGACAAAAUUUAAGGCAAAAUUUUUGCUGAGGGAGCUUCAGGAAAAAUUGCAAAAGGAUCCGCUUAAUGACUGCAUUAUUAAUCAAGAACAAGUGGCUAGAGAAAAUUUCCUCCAUUUCCAUAAAGCAUACAUGAUGUUUUUGGCACAAAAGGCUAAAGUAAUUUGGCUGGCUAGUGGAGAUGAGAAUACUCAUAUUUUCCAUGCAUCUCUGAAGGCUAGGCGGAUACAGAACAGGAUUCUCUCCAUCAAGAAUGAGUGUGGCAUUUGGGUAGACACACCAGAUGGGAUGAAAGCUCCAGGCCCAGAUGGAUAUAGUAGCUACUUCUAUCAAGAUAACUGGAAUUUGGUGGGUUUGGAGGUUAGUGCAGCUGUUCUAUCCUUCCUCAAAUCGGGUAAAUUGCUCAAAGAGAUUAAUGCCACAACUAUUACUCUCAUUCCUAAGACCAUUUGCCCGUAUAAUGUUUGUGAUUUCAGACCCAUUGCAUGUUGUAAUGUCAUUUAUAAAGCAGCGUCUAAGAUGAUUUGUUCAAGACUUCGUCAAGUUCUUCCUGACUUAUUAGCAGAAAAUCAAGGGGGAUUUGUUCAUGGUAGAUACAUAGCAUACAACAUCAUGAUAUGUCAAGACUUAGUUCGACAUUAUGGGAGGAAAAAUUGCAAACCAUGUUGUAUGAUCAAGUUGGAUUUGAGGAAAGCUUAUGACACCAUAGAGUGGGAUUUUAUUGAAGAGAUGCUCAUAGCCUUUCAUUUUCCUCUGAAAUUUAUUCAGCUUAUUAUGAUUUGUGUUCAAACACCAAGGUAUUCAUUGAUGAUUAAUGGCUCAAUGCAUGGUUUCUUUGCAUCUAAGAGAGGAUUGCGACAAGGGGAUCCUAUGUCUCCAGUACUAUUUGUACUUGGCAUGGAAUAUCUGUCCAAAAUCAUGCUUAAAGUUGGCUCAUCUUCAGGUUACAAAUUUCAUGGCAGGGGGCUUAAAUUGUUUUCAAAGACUUCGGGACUUAUUCCAAAUGAAACUAAAUUUGCAAUCUAUUGUAGUGGCAUGCCUGAGACUGAGAUUGUUAGAGUGCUGGAUGUUUCAGGGUUCACUCGUAGUACCCUUUCAUUCCGGUACCUUGGUAUCCCAAUAUGUUCCAAGCAUAUUUCUUCUGCUGAAUGUGGGGUGAUUCUCGAAAAAAUGUUACUGAGGGAUAUAGAGGCCAUUUGUAGAGCCUUUCUUUGGAAAGGUUUGGCAGAGUCUCAAGGUCCAGGUUUAGUUGCUUGGAACUCUGUAUGCACUCCAAAAGCUGCUGGAGGUUUAGGCUUCAGGAAGAUUUCAGAAUGGAAUUUUGCAUCACUGGGUAAAUAUGUAUGGGCCAUAGCUUCCAAAAAGGAUAACUUGUGGGUUAAAUGGAUCCAUAGCAUUUAUUUGAAGAAGGAGGACUGGUGGGAGUAUUCAGUGCAACCGAAUUGCAGCUGGUAUUGGAAGAAAAUUGUUGCUAUUAAACAUCUCUUUAAAGUCAAGCUGGAUAAGGCAUCUUUUAUAGCAAUGAAAUAUAGUAUUCAAUCCAGAUAUGAUUUACUACAUCAUCAACAUAUUAAUGUACAGUGGAGCAAGUUUGUUUGGGAGAGAAGUAGUAUUCCGAAGCAUAGAUUCAUUCUAUGGUUAGUAAUGCUUCAAAAGUUGAGUACCAGAUCAUAUAUCAGCUGA